UUCUGGGAUUUACUGCCGAAAGAACUCUGCUCCUUGACCGGUUAAAAUAAGGGAGAGAAUGUAUGGAAUAAACCAACACUGUAUUUACAUAUCGUUUCAUUUUUUCGUGCUGUGGUGUCAGGCUCAGGGGGAGAAUCACCCGUCUCCUAAUUUUAACCAGUAUGUGAGGACGCAGGGCGCAGUGACGGACCAGCUCAGCCGAAGACAGGUCAGAGUUUACCAGCUCUACAGUCGCACUAGCGGGAAACACGUCCAGAUUCACGGCAAAAGGGUCACCGCCACCGCCGAGGAUGGAAAUCUGUACGCUCGCCUGUUUGUUGAGACAGACACCUUUGGCAGUCGAGUUAGGAUAAGAGGUGCAGAAAGUGGGCGCUACCUCUGUAUGAACCGGAAGGGGAAGCUUGUUGGAAAGCCAAAUGGCCGGAGCAAAGAUUGUAUCUUCACUGAGAUUGUACUGGAGAACAAUUACACAGCCUUCCAGAAUGCCAAGUAUGAGGGCUGGUAUGUGGCUUUCACCCGGAAAGGGAGGCCCAUCAAAGCCUCUAGAACGAGGGAGAAUCAGAGAGAGGUCCAUUUCAUCAAGAGGCUGCACACAGGAUUACCUCCCUUCCCCAACACGGACCAAAGUAAACCAUUUGAGUUCAUCAGAUUUCCGUCCACACGUAGAGCGAAGCGGAACAGGAAAAUCACCUAGCUCUUCCUAGGCACAGCAAAAGUGAUGGACUGAUGACAGUUGUGACAUGGGAAGAAACAGAUGCAACUUUAUUUUUGUAUAUUUUUUGACAAGUGAAAAAUGCCUUAGAUGCCAUAAUAUUGCUGUAAAAUGAUCAUGUGUAAAUACUGAAAGAGAGUAAAGCAAGUGGAUUGUAUUAAAUUGUCUAUUGCGUCUGUGCGAGUGUUGAGGGAUGAAAUGACACAAUGCAUAGGGUGGCUAGCAAGAAAUCCGAGGAAGCCUAUGAAACAGCCCACGACACCAUUAGAUACUACACUUUCACAUUUCA